UCAGUCACUGUCAAUUGGAAACCCCUCUCUCUCUCUCUCUCUCUCCUCUCUCUUUCUCUGUCUCUCAAUCAUCGUUUCUUUGAUUCACCUCAUCCGAAUCGACCUCCCAAAUCAAGACGAUAGAAGAAAAGGAGAAGGAUACAAGGGAAGAUGGUGAACUGCUCGUGGCAAUCAACAACCCUUCUCAACCAGAGUGGGAGGUAAAUGCCGUACCCAAGAGAAAGAAGGUCUGUGUCACCACCCUAUUCCAGGUCACCUGUUAGGGAUCGUCGAUCAAGAUCAUUGUCAAGGUCAAGGAGGAGUCGUUCAAGGAGUCAUGAUUCAGAUGCUGCUGCUAAUCCUGGAAAUAACUUGUAUGUGACUGGUUUAUCUACUAGGGUUAAUGCCAGUGAACUUGAGAAGUAUUUCAGUGGUGAAGGAAAGGUUGUUGAGUGCCAUCUGGUUACAGAUCCUCGCACUAAAGAAUCUCGUGGGUUUGCUUUUGUUACUAUGGAAACAAAUGAGGAUGCAGAGCGCUGUAUUAAGUAUUUAAAUCGUUCUGUGCUAGAAGGACGAUUAAUAACUGUGGAAAAGGCCAAAAGGAAACGUGGGAGAACACCAACUCCUGGAAGGUACCAGGGUCUGAAAGAUAGGCGAGGUACAUACGAAGGACGUGAUCGGAGAAGGUCUCGUAGCUACUCACCCCGCCGGAGGUAUGACAGAGAUCCUUAUUCCAGGGACCGCCGGGGAAGAUCACCCUCCCCAUAUAGAAGGCGCAGGGAACGUUCCUUGUCAGCGGGGGGCAGUGGCUACACCAAAGCUUACUAACUCGAUCCGCGGUCGAACCUGUUUUCCUCAGGCGGUGGUUGUGGCUUCUCAUGAACCACGUAAGUUGCCAGCCCUGCUUACUCCAUGCAUCUCAUUAAGCUCAAAAACUUCUUCUGGAUUUUGGCUGUGGAAUUGUGUAAUUGCUAAUACUCUCUAUCUUGAAAUACCUUUGAAAACUAACAAUCCUAGUUAAAGCAUUUGUCUCCAA